AUGUCGCCUGAGCGUGUGUCGCCACACGUAGGUUUAGCGAAACGUAAUGAUCUCUACCAUCGGUACCAGGUGCCAUUUGCACAGCUCCUGACCUUCAUUCUUCCCCCUUUCGCCUGCCCCGCUUGUCAUUUGGUCGCUGUAAUACAUCAAUAUCACUGGCUGCCUAAGUGUCCUUAUUUCCCGUCCUCGAUAACGCCGCAUUGGAGGAUUAAUAGUAUAUGGUGCCCAUGCCAGUACCUAGUCCUCUUCCCCCCCUAG